AAAAAGUGGAGGGUGGUGGGGAGUUCCAGCCCAAGGCCAUAGUGCGCAGGCGCUGUACCUGGCUCUCCAGGGCCGUCUUUGUCUGCUGAAGCAGCUUGAGAAGAUUAUAAAUUUCCCAGAUAAGAAUUCAACAUGAAAAGGCUUGUAAGUUCAGUCUCAUCUUCCUCUGAACAUCACAGACAUUGAUUCCUCAAGGGCACCGUUCUGUACAUGGGACUCAUUUUAAGAUAAUGUGAAACAUAACUUACAAACAUACAUCAUUCAUACUGAAAUACCAGAGAAAUUAUGUGAGAGAACCAUUAAUAUAAAAAAUACUGUUGCAUCCUUCUUUCUAGUCAACAUGAGAAAAGUUUUUGGCCAUAAAUUCAACCUUAUUGGAUAAUCUGUGAGAAUUAAUGUUGAAAGGAGAUACCUGCAGAGUGGCUGUGGAAAAAGCUUUCUGCCUUACCACCCAUAGUAGCUACAAGUGAAACCUGGAAGAAAAUCCCUACUAUGGGAUUCCUGGCCAGGAAUGCUAGAAAGUCUUCUGCCUGAAACAGAUCUUCAGUAUGAUGAAAUUCAUACAGAAGAGAAACCUCAUGAUUAUAAUCAAUGCAGAAAAAUCUCUUGCCUGAGAGAAAACUUUCUAGAGCCCAAGAAAAUGCAUCUGAAGGCCAGGUGCUGUUGGCUCAUGAUUGUAAUCCUAGCUACUCAGGGCUGGGAUCUGAGGAUCAGGAUUUAAAGCCAGCCUUAGGUGGAAAGUUCAUGAAACUCUUAGUCUCCAAUGAGCCAUCAACAGAAGCCAAGAGUGGUGCUGUGGCUCAAGUGAUAAAGUGCUUUUAUUGAGCAAAAUAAACACCUCAGGGACAGUGCUCAGGCUCUGAGCUCAAGCCCCAGGACCAAUCCCCCAAAAACAAACAAACAAACAAACAUGCAUCCAGGAGAGAAAUCACAUGAAUGUACUGAAUGUGGCAAAGUGUUCUCUCGAGUCUCAUCUCUUACUCUCCAUUUGAGAAGUCAUACAGGAAGUCAUAAAUGUACGAAGUGUGGGAAAGCCUUCAGCCAGAAGAGAAACUUUCUUUCUCAUCAGAAGCAUCAUAUGGGAGAAAAACCCUACGACUGUGGAAAAGCUUCUCAUCAGACACCAGGCUUUACAAGACAUCAGAGAAAUCACCCAGGAGGCAAAUCGCACACUUGUAAGGCUUGUGGCAAAGCUUUUAGUGGGAAAUCUUAUCUCCAUGAGCAUGAGAAAAUCCACACUGGAGAGAAACCUUUUGAAUGUCAUCAGUGUGGCAAAGCCUUCAGCCAGAAGCAGUACCUCAUUAAACAUCAGAACAUCCACAGUGGGAAGAAACCCUUUCAAUGUAAUGAGUGUGGCAAGGCCUUUAGCCAGAAAGAAAACCUCCUCAUCCACCAGAGAAUCCACACAGGAGAGAAGCCUUAUGAGUGUAAAGGGUGUGGCAAAGCUUUCAUUCAGAAGUCAAGCCUCAUCAGACACCAGAGAAGUCACACUGGUGAGAAACCUUACACAUGUAAGGAAUGUGGCAAAGCCUUCAGCGGUAAAUCGAAUCUCACUGAACAUGAGAAAAUUCAUAUCGGAGAGAAACCUUAUAAAUGUAAUGAAUGCGGAACAAUCUUCAGGCAAAAGCAGUACCUCAUUAAACAUCACAAUAUCCAUACAGGGGAGAAGCCCUAUGAAUGCAAUAAAUGUGGAAAAGCCUUUUCUCGAAUCACAUCACUCAUUGUGCAUGUGAGGAUUCACACAGGGGACAAACCUUAUGAGUGUAAAAUAUGUGGCAAAGCCUUCUGUCAAAGCUCUUCGCUCACCGUGCAUAUGCGAAGCCAUACUGGUGAGAAACCCUAUGGUUGCAAUGAGUGUGGGAAAGCCUUCUCCCAGUUCUCAACUCUUGCUCUACAUAUGAGAAUCCAUACUGGUGAAAAGCCUUAUCAGUGUAGUGAGUGUGGCAAAGCUUUCAGCCAGAAGUCACACCACAUCAGACACCAGCGAAUUCACACUCACUAAAGCUCUGGGAACGUUUUGGAUUUGGGGGAAAAUUACAGUGGAAUUUAUAUUUGAUGAUGUAUCAGGAAAUUUGUUUUCACAUGAAAGUGACAUUCUUAUGGUAAUUCUAGCAACUCAGACCUGAAAGACUAAGAUGUUUAAUAAGAAAUAUCAGUCUAGGAAUGUGGCUUAGUGGUAGAGUGCUUGACUAGCAUGCAUAAAGCCCUGGGUUCGAUUCUU